GCUAAAAAUUUAUUGUGACGUGACACAGUCGGGUAUAUCUUUCCUCUGAAGUGUCCACUAUUUUCGUUUUUCAUGAGUAGAUUUCGAUGGCGUUUUUAAAACUGUUUUCUUGUGCUUUGGUUUUGUUGUGCGCAACAUUUUUGCCGUUUGCGUCGAGUCAUUUUCGCUUCCGCCGUGUGUUUGGAGGUAGAAGAGGAUUUCCUGGUCCACGUGGUAUGACUGGACCUAGGGGGCCUCGAGGACCUCCUGGUUAUUCCGGUCCACCGGGAAUGAAAGGCGAACCAGGAACACCAAAUGGACCUCCAGGACCUCGAGGAGAAAAGGGUGACAUGGGUUCUCCAGGAUUCGAUGGAUUGCCUGGUGCGAAAGGAGAUGCCGGGAUGAAAGGUGACGACGGUAAGAAGGGGAUACCUGGAGUUCAGGGUCCACCAGGACCGAAAGGAGAGUCGGGAUUAUUGCAAAAGUUGAAAUGCUCUUUUUCCCAGACUCUUGGAGCCGAACACGCAUGCCCAGACGUAAAGCACGUAGCGACGAGUUGCUCGUGCUACCCAUCAUGCACUUCCUGGUAUCUUAUGGAUUUUCGCACUUGCCGUUGUGAAUGCAACGUAAAUGCCACUAUAGCUCAAAACAAGUAUUUCAAGACAGGCGCCAUUUGUUGUAAAUUGGAAUCCUUGCUUUCCACUUUGUAAAAUGAAAAUUUUCUUUUAGAAAUCAACAAUGUUCUAUGUAAUAGAUGAGAUCACAUUGUGUUUACAAAAUAUUUUAUGGCAAAUUAAAGCUUUCAAUGUUUGAUGAAACAGGCUUGCAAAA